AUGCACAUGGAAAACUACCAGAGGACAGGAGACAAGUGCGGGGAGGCGACCAUGAAACUCGCGUUGGCCAAUGUCUACCUGGAGGCGAAUCGUCUCCAGGACCACGCUUGGGCCACAGUGGCGAAUGCCAUGUUGGCUCAAGCUGAUUGUAUCCCUGCACACGUAUUGGAACUGCGGGAAAUUGAUGGUGCCGCGAUCUUGGCGCCCGUGACGACCGAUGCCAAUGACGAUGGGGCAGAGAUCGUCCAGAAU